AUGGGGGACCCCAAAACCGCGGACCCCCUGGAGACACCGGCCCCGCCCAUCCCUGCCUCCUCGUGGCCCUCCCCGCCGCGCUCCCUGGUGUGGCAGGCGGCCGUGGCGCCGGCGCUGGUUCGGAACGGGGUUCGGCUGCGGGGGAACCGCCUGGUGGUGCCCCGGGACGGGCUCUACUUCGUCUACGCCGCCGCCGCCUUCCAGGGCCGCCGCUGCCCGCGCCCGCUGCGCCUGGCCGUGUCCCGGCUGUCCCCGGAGUACCCCCGGGACGUGCCGCUGCUGCGGGCCGCGCGCUCCGUGUGCCGCGCCGGCGCCGGUGCCGGUGCCGGGGGUCCCUGGGCCGAGUCCCUGUACCAGGGCGCCGUGUUCCAGCUGCGCCGCGGCGACCAGCUGGCCGCCACCGCCUCGGCCGGACGCUUCCUGGACCUGCACGCCGCCGGCCAGGCCUACUUCGGGGUGCUGGGCGUGGAUUAG